UUUUGAUGGGUCCAAUUUUUGAUUGGGCUUGCAAAGGUAGAUUUGAGUGGCACUACCCAGAGAAAGCUCAGUUGCUUACCUGGAUGCCACGGUUGGAAAUAGAAAGAGGCGACUGAUUCAAGAUUUGGUCUGAUUCGAAAAGCGCAUUAUAAGGCCGAGUAACAUAUCAUCAUUAUCUUCUCUACACAACCGCGUGGAAGUUUCCAAUCAAAAACAUCACUUCCCCAAAAUUUCUAAUUUCACUCGGUUCUCUAUACGUAUCCCUCAAACCUUUUUAUUUCCAAUGUAUUUGUCGGUUCACACCAGAUAUCCCUAUAUAUAUAUAUAUAUACACACACACUACCCUUUGCCAUAUCAUGUCAGACAAGCAAAACAUGGAGGAGCUGCCUACUGGGUUUCGGUUCUACCCUACUGAAGAGGAGCUAGUUUCAUUCUAUCUAUGCCACAAGCUUGAAGGGAGGAGACAGGACCUGCACCGUGUCAUCCCGGUUAUCAGUGUCUUUGAUAAUGAGCCAUGGGACCUCCCUGAGCUUGCGGGAGAGCUGUGCCAAGGGGACACCGAACAGUGGUUUUUCUUUUCACCAAGACAAGAGAGGGAGUUUCGGGGAGGUAGACCAAGCCGAACUACAGCUUCUGGCUACUGGAAAGCCACAGGCUCUCCAAGUUAUGUUUACUCGUCAGAUAAUCGAGUUAUUGGAGUAAAGAAGACUAUGGUUUUCUACAAGGGGAGAGCUCCUACUGGCAGGAAAACAAAAUGGAAGAUGCACGAGUACAGAGCCAUUGAAGGAGCAGCAAACCCAUCUGCUUCUGCUCCUAAGUUGAGGCACGAAUUUAGUCUGCACCGCAUCUAUGUGAUAUCAGGCAGCUUCCGAGCCUUUGACAGACGUCCAUUAGAACCUGUGACAAGAGAAACAAGGCCAGUCAGUGCUGGGGCUUCAACAUCUUCUCAUGUCACUACAGUGGCAGAAAAAGAGAGCUCAUCAGAGACUUCUCAUUCUGGAGGAGACCAUUCUGAUUUCCAAGAGAAUAUAGGACAGACAGAUGUGGAGAUGGUUGAUGGCCUAGAACAACCUUUAUGGGAAUGGGAAAAGCUAGACCUGGACUGGACUUAAUCAUAGGUUUUGUAGCAUGGUUAUUUGACACUUUAUAGGUGUCCUAAACUAGAAUAGGCAAGCAACUUAAUUAAGAAGUAAAAAUUUUUUUCUUCCCUGGGAAUAAGGGUAAAAAAACAAAUAAGCUGCAUGCAGACAUUCAUUCUAUGUAACAUACGACUGAAUCCUCUAAGAUAGUGGUGAUUAGAAAA